AUGACCUCAAACACAAACGAGUUGGACUCAGAACUCGAGUCUUUCCGGCAGAAAUGGAUGUCGGAUUUGAAAACGCGGAAUGAACACCACGAUUCUUCCGAUGCACAAGAAGCAGGUCCCUCCAGACGGCCUCAUCAUGGCUUGCCUAUCUCGUCGUUGCCACACAAGCAUGCACCUGCGCCAGCGCCAGCUGAUGACGCUGAGGAUGAAUACGUGCAAGGCCGGCCUUUCGAUCAGGAUGAGCCGGAGUUGACACAACCUCUUCAGGAAAGCCAUCAUGAUACUAAAGGAAAGAAACUUGUUUCUGCUCUUGAUCAUUUUGAAGAGGCGAUGAAUAAAGAGGAUCAGGGUAAUAUGGGCGAUAGUCUAAAGCUGUACCGUAAGGCUUAUAGACUUGAUAAUGGUGUUGAUCGGAGAUAUCGUGAGAAGCACUUCCCUCAGAAGUCAGCCCCGCGACCAGUUUCCCCGACGGCCACCAGAGCAUCCGCCCCAGCUGAUCCUCCAGAGACAUCUCAGCCUCCAAAGACAGAAGAAGUUGUAGUAGCAAAGCCCCUACCUAUAGGCGAACUUAUCGCCAGCUUCGCCAGCCUGCAGAUUGAAGCCGCUCCGCCUGUUAUCGAGGGCAUGCCUCAGCCGACCUGUCCUCUUGCCGAUCUCCCUGACGAGAUCCUCAUCCACAUUCUCCGCGAGAUCGCCAUGACAGAUGUUGGCGACUUCGGCCGACUAUCUCGCGUGUGCAAGCGCCUCGCGUAUCUUGUUGCCUCCGAGCAACGUAUCUGGCGUCGUGUAGCGCUUGGUUCAGAAGUUGGUUUCAGUACCCAGCUGUACCGGUUUGAAAAGGGUGUUGAGUGGGAUGGCUUGCCCGAAGAAGAGCAAGAAGGUCCAGAGAUUCAAGACGGCUUCGUCGUCAGCCCUUCUGAGCUUGCACAGCGCAAAUAUGACGCCAAUCUAGCAUUCACGGAGUCCCUGACACCUUCUGUAUACCCAACUUGGAAGGAUCAUUUCCGCUCACGACCACGUAUUCGCUUCAAUGGAUGCUAUAUCUCCACAGUCAACUAUGUUCGCACCGGACAGGCUUCGUCCAACCAGCCUACAUGGGGAAGUCCCAUCCACAUCGUUACUUACUACCGUUACCUACGUUUCUUCCGAGAUGGUACCCUUAUCAGCCUUCUCAGCACCGCCGAGCCUGCGGAGGUUGUUCACCACCUUACACGCGAGGAACUCAAUACCCAUCGCGGGGUCGCACAACCCCAUCUCCCCUCUGCCGUUAUGGCACUCGCCCUUCGCGGCCGGUGGCGUCUUUCAUCGGCUGCUGACCUCGACGAGCCUUUGGACCCAGACCGCCCUACCUCAGCUGCUCCAGGCCCGCACGACCGAGAUCGUGAUCCGGAGGGCGACGUGUUCGUCGAGACUGAGGGCGUAGGAUCGAAGUACAUGUACCGUAUGGAUCUCUCGUUGCGAAGCGCCGGCAAAGCCUCUCGCAAUAACAAGCUCAUUUGGCGCGGCUUUUACAGUUAUAAUAAGUUGACGGACGACUGGGGUGAGUUUGGCUUGAAGAAUGAUAAACCUUUCUUCUUUAGCCGUGUUAAGAGCUAUGGAUUUGGGGAGUGA